AUGUUCUCUUUCUCUCUUCAUCAGGUGAAAGGCCCUAACAUUGGGCUUCUUGGCUUCUCCAAAGGAGGUGACCUGUGUCUCUCAAUGGCCUCCUUCUUAAAGGGCAUCACAGCCACUGUACUUAUCAAUUCCUGUGUGGCUAAUACAAUAACUCCUCUACAUUACAAGGAUAUGACUAUUCCUAGUCUUGGCAAUGACCUAGGGAAACAUACAAUCACUGAGUCAGGCCUUAUGGAUUGUGUGAAUAUUUGGAACAACCCACUGGAGGAACCUGACCACCGAAGUCUCAUUCCACUGGAAAAGGCCCAGGGUCCCUUCUUGUUUAUUGUUGGCAAGGAUGAUCAUAACUGGAAGAGUGAAUUCUACGCUCAUAUAGCCUCUGCAUGGUUACAAGCCCAUGGGAAAGACAGACCCCAGAUAAUCUACUACCCAGGAGCUGGUCAUUGUAUUGACCCACCUUAUUUUCCUCCUCGUAUUGCCUCAGUGCAUGCAUUUUUGGGCCAAGCAAUGUUCUUUGGAGGUGAACCAGGGGCUCACUCAAAAGCACAGGUGGAUGCCUGGCAGCAAAUUCAAACUUUCUUCCACAAACAUCUUGAUGGUAAAAAAUCUGUUAAGCACAGCAAAAUAUAAUCAUAGACCAGAUACGAUUAAUAAAAAUUCUAUUCAUACAAUAUGUGUUGGAUUUUCCAGAGUAGUUAGGAACCUUUUUGUAAUGAAACAACCAUCUCAAUUUC